CGGAGAAGGAACACCGAAGCAAAUCAAUUCACGAGGGCACGAUGGAUUGGGUUACGUUCAACCUAAACCUAUAAGGAUCCUCAUAAAUAGAGCCGCAAACCAUCAUAUUUUAGUGCUGAUGAAGAGGAUGAAGUGAUUUCCAAACUAAAGUGCUCUAUCUUUGAUCGGGUUGGGGGGCCAGACCAAGGUCUGCCAUAUUUGAUAAAUUGGGCCCGAAACCAAUGAAAGACAUGAAGAAGACUUUACAAGAACGGCUUGGAAUGAGCCCGAUAAUGAUGAAGUACGCUGAAGACCCAUGCAAGGGACAAAACUUCAAAAGAACGUCUGUUCAUAAAAGAUUGGGAUUGAAACAUGAACGCAAUACAUCUGCUAAAGUUCCUCUCGAAAAGAAAAGUCCUAAUGAGCACAGAAGUUCUAUCACAUCUCAUAUGAAGCGAGAAACCAAUGUGAAGGUAACGUAUGGAAAUGCACUUAAAGUCAAGCCAGUGACCGUUGUGCAUACUCAUGGUCAAUUUGAAGACGAAUAUGUGAAUACCUGCUUUAUCAACUUUAAAGACUCAGUACCCUUGAAGUCGGAGCAUGCAUAUGCCAAAUGAAAUGUUGAAAGCCAUAAACCACCAAUGAUGUUGUAAGUGGCUAAACUGCUAAAGCAUUUCACUUCGUCUAUGGAUGAGCAUAAUCAUAGAUACUCUUGGCCCACGAGAGUAUAAAAUGUGUACGACAAGCUCCUGGCCCGCAUGAGUUAAAACUGUGUACGGCACGUCGGCACCCACCCCCUUUAGAUUACCAAUUCAAAUGGUACAUAUGAACUACGUUUGACUUGAUCUCCUUCACAUGAGUACGUAGGCAGCUCAAAAGUUUCAUUUUUGAGUUCGGUUAUAACAAAACAAACCCCAAUUAGGUUUUUGUAAAGGAAGAAUGUCAAAGGGAGGAUUAAAAAAAAUAGAUAAAAUCAGCUGACUGAAGUCUCCCCAAGUUUAAAGUCAGGCCCAGACUCCGGAGGUCUCCUCCUCGCCGGAAAUUGUUUUGGUUGAGAAAGUCUUCUAUCAACGCCAUCAUCCCAACAAUGGAGCAAGCGACAUCAACAAUCAGCAAAACUGCAUGAGUCUCGAGAUACAAACAUCAUUAGAACUUUCAAUUUCCUAGCGAGAGAGAUUCUUGGAUCGGCCAAAAUCAUUUUGACAGCCCAAAGGACCAUCCACUUUUGGAUCCAGGUUCUUCUUGUAAAAAAUCAGGCACGUGUCUUAUUUGGACAAAAGCCCCUGGAGCUUCUUUUUAGCAAAAACCAGGGUGUUGGCCCCCAAUGCUUCGAACAUCAACCAUGGAUGGUGGCUCUUCCAAGCACUGAUCAGUGAGAUCUCUAAUGAUCUACUCCUGUUGUAUACUUGUAUCUUCCUCAGACCUCAAACGAGAACAGGAGCAAAUCAGUAAUUGACCUCAUAUAUCUUCCUGAUCAUCUUCUUCGCACAACGGCAAACCCCCGGAGCUUCCCGUUCUCGGCGAACUAAUGAAGUGAGUCAGAGAGAAAUCACUAGCAACACACGAUCAAACGAACAGACGCGAUUGUAGACAUUCUCCUGACCUCUCUGCGUUGACACCAACUAGCUUCCACAACAAGCCGGUAACAUCUUCGACUCAGCAAAUCUCCAAAUGCAGCGGCUCCGGAAGAAUUCUCUUUCAAAUUUCAGAAGCCCAGCCGGUGAACCGGCAUCAUCUCAUAUGGAAACAAAUUAGAUCCACCGCUACAAGCUCCCGCCGGACGGCUACAAGCUUCCACCGGGCCGCUACAAGCUCCUGCCGGACAGCUACAAGCUCCUUGAAAUUUCUGGUCGGCCAGCAUCUUCCCUUCCUCCUCUCAGUGAACACAGAAUAAGCCAGGUAAAACAAGGGUAGCUCUUCAAUUCUUCGCUGAUUUUCAGCUUCGUUCCUUCUCAGAAAAUAUGCAGGGAAACAAAUGAAAACAACAGCAACCUGUUGGAGUUCUGGUUCGCCUCUUCAAUAAAUUGGCUCCGUUUUAUCCUUCUCGCUGGAAAUCAAUCUCGGGCUGACACAUCUUCAAUUUUCAAUAGCAACAGCGACUGCGUCUUCUUCUCACAGCAAAACCAGCAACCGGCGAAUCAUCGUUUUCUCCGACUUGCCUCUGGAUUUUGAAUGCCAGUUCGAUUAAAGAUGAUUUUGACCAGCAUGAUAACUUCCUACGCCUUGAGAUAUCCCUGCAAAAUAAAAUAUCCAAAGCAGGUGUGAAGAGAAUAAACAAUUUACCUAUUUUAUAUCUUCGGCCGCCUGCUAAAAUCUUCUUGAUAGCUACAUGACUAUGGCUGAAGUGGUUCAGUGGUAUUUAUAAGUAUUUUGGAUCUUAGAAUUUCCAAAGAACUACGGGGUUGAGGAAGCAUGUAGUAUCUGAAUCGAAUAAGGACUUCUAAAAU